AUGUUUGUUAGAAGAAGUAUUCAAAAACAAGAUUUUUGUGUUUCUCGCCGCCGCCGGGGAAAGCACUUUCGUCACCUUCAUAUUUUCCUCUUUCUGCUCUUUGUGUCGUCCUCCGGUGGCUCUCUUUCCGGCGGCGUUGCUUCUGCGGCUUUUGAGUCUCUGAUUGGACUCGGUGCAUGUCGUUCUCCGGCGUUCCUGCAUCGUGGCUUGACUCGGGGAGGCGUGUGGCGCUCUCCUCCGGUGAGGUUCUCAGUUGUCUCUCCGUCUCUGCUUUCGUUUGCUCGGCAGAUUUCGGCGGAGGUCUUUCAUGUCGGUGUAGUUCCGACUAGAUCUAUGGGGUAUGCGGAGUCCUCGAGCACGGACCUCCGGUGCCGACGCUUCAAAUCUGCGGCUUCCUCUUCAGAUCUGCGGCUCCCUCAUCCAACUUAUCUUGAGUGUCAUAGUUCUUUGGAUUAG